AUGUCCGACGUCCCACCAACCCAGUCCAUUCCCAAACCAGAGGAACCUAAAGAACCACAACAGUCUCCUCAGCAACCUCAGUUCCAGCAAUACCUCCGAAUUACUACCAAUUUCCACCUCAAGGUUACUACCCACCACAAGGCUUCCAGAACUACCCUCCUCAGCCUAUGCCUUACUUCCCCAACCCUUGGAUGUUCCAGCAAGCUCCACCCCAGCAAUUCCAAUCUCAGUCCAAGAGAGACCAAGACUUCGAAGAAGGUCUGA